AUGAAUGUCUCUAACGCUACCAAGGACAAUGGUUUGUCUGGGAAUAGCUCAUGCAAGGCUAUAUUUACACCCUGUUUAAUCUGGCUCUACUGUACAGUGUUCAUUGGAGGACUUCUGGGUAUCAUCUCCAUUUUGUUCCUGCUAGUGAAAAUGAACACCAGGUCUGUGACCACCACUGCAGUUGUUAACCUGGUGGUGGUGCACAGUGUUUUUCUCCUGACGGUGCCUUUUCGUGUGAUCUACCUUAUCAAGCAGACUUGGACUUUUAAGUCGCCCUUCUGCAAGUUUGUGAGCUCCAUGUUGCAUGUUCACAUGUACCUCACAUUCCUGUUCUAUGUUGUGAUCUUGGUCAUCAGGUACCUCAUCUUUUUUAAGCAUAAGGACAAAGUAGAAUUCUAUAGGAAACUGCAUGCUGUGGCCGCCAGUACUGGCAUGUGGCUGCUAGUAAUUGUCAUUGUGGUGCCCUUGAUUGUUUCUCAGUAUGGGGCUUCAAAUACUUACAAUGAAAAGGAUUGUUUUACCUUCCACCUAGAACUUGCUCAUGAGAAUGUGCGAGCUAUCAACUAUGUGAUAAGCUUCAUUGUCAUAGCUACCGGAGUGAUUCUCUUGGUCUUGCAAGUCUUCAUCAUUAUGUCAAUGGUUCGGAAGAUACGCCACUCCUUAUUAUCCCACCAGGAAUUCUGUGCCCAAUUGAAAAACCUCUUUUUUAUAGGAGUCAUCUUUAUUUGUUUCCUUCCCUAUCAGUUCUUUAGAAUCUAUUACUUGCAAGUUGUGGCACACUCAACUAAUUGUAAUACUCAUGCUCUAUUUUAUAAUGAGAUCUUCUUGAGCAUAACUUCAAUUAGUUGCUUUGAUUUAUUGCUGUUUGUUUUGGGAGGAAGUCACUGGUUUAAGCAAAAGAUAAUUGCCCUGUGGAAUUGUCUUUUGUGCCGUUAG